AUGGGUAGACCAACUCAGUCUGAUGAAAUACCUCUCCACCCUCAGGUGGUUGUUACACUAUUUGACAAAUGGGGUCUAGACUUUGUUGGACCAAUUGAUCCACCAUCAAAUGGUUGGUCUUACAUUCUUCUUUGUAUUGAUUGUGUUACUAAAUGGGUGGAGGUCAAAGCCUUCAAGCAUGCAAGAGAUAAUAAGGUGGCAGAAUUCUUAUACGAAGAAAUCUUCACUCGGUAUGGAGUUCCUAGAGAAAUAGUGACAGAUCAAGGAGCACAGUUCACUUCCACUCUGAUUAUAGCCUUAUUUAAUGAAUAUAAUGUCAAGCAUAGGAAAUCCACUCCUUAUCAUCCACAGGUUAAUGGUCAAGCAGAGGUUACUAACAGAGAGCUUGAAUCAACCUUGACCAAAAUAGUAGCACUCAACAGGAAAGAUUGGUCUAGCAGAUUAUUUGAAGUUGUAUGGGCUUAUAGAACCACCUGGAAAACUACAAUAGGGUUUACACCAUUUAAAACGGUAUAUGGGACAAAAGCAAUGAUGCCUGUAGAGUUUGAACAUAAAACUUUGAGAACAGCUAUUUCUUUAUAUAUGACUCUGUCUGUAGCACAAGAAGAAAGGCUCCUACAACUUAAUGCUUUAGAUGAAAUAAGGAAAUUUGCCCUGCAGCAUACUGAAUCUAUUCAAAACCAAUGCAUUAAGUGGCAUGAUUUCUAUAUAAAGGUUUAUGGUUUUGAAGGUGUUCCAUUUAUGUUGCCUACAUUAGUGCUCGGCAGAAUUGCAUAUCUAGAGAAUGUUAGGCAGCUUAGUAUGUCAAAUCCAAAGCAUUUAAGUGGUGCACACAAGUAG